GGGAAGUUGACAUCGACAUCUUCCCAUCUGUUCAAGUUGACGCUACCCCUUCAUAAGAGUGUGGAAGGGAAUGGGGGAGGCAGCGGGACGAAGAAUGUUGCGUUUUUGUUACAUUCGCAACAACCGCUGAGCUACCUAACCCGCCUCAUCGAAGCCGAACUCGAGGACACCUCUUCCUCUCCCUCUCCCUCUCCCUCCUCUCACAGAAUAAGACACCAACACCCGAUAAUCUCCUACGUCGGUUUCGACGACCCCAAUACGCGCUGGAGCCCAUCAACCGAAAUCGGUGAUUUUAUAAAACAAGCCGCAAAAAUCCAGAGUUUCACAGUAUUGAUUCAACACCCCGCACACACCACCACACACCACACACGACGCAACCAAGCACACCACACCGACAAAAUCGCAAUCUCAGUCCCAACCUUCGAAGACCGCACCCGCUUUCUCCGUGCACGACUCUACCGAAUCUCACAACGACUCGCCUCACAACUGAAAAUCAAGACCGAAUGCGACCUCAUCGCAUCCCGCGGCGCCAGACGCCUCGCAACAACCGGCGCCCUCCUCCUAAUAUCCUACUGGGCCCUCGUAUUCCGCCUAACGUUCUUCUCCUCCUACGGCUGGGAUCUCAUGGAACCCGUAACGUACCUCACGGGCCUCUCCACCGUAAUCGGUGGUUACGCGUAC